AUGGAGAGCUACACGCUGCUCUCGAAUCGGCAGCAGAACGCCGCGCGAAUCAAUUAUCAUACGGAUAAGCCGAAGGCUGUCGAGGCUUGCACGAAGCUUCUCCAAUCUUUACUGCCUCGACUCGAGAAAACUGAUCUCCAGAACAGCCCAGCGAAACAAUUCGCUAUCGACCAGACUUUCCUGGGGGCUACAGAAAUGCACCGCAUGCUCUUGCUCCGAACACUCACCUACGCGACGAUCCAAGAUUUCUUCAACAAUCUCAUGCGCUUCUUAUCGGAUCGACUGGCCCCUACCGAUCAACAGGCAGCCGUGGGCCUCGCUCAAGUUGUGCAGCAGGUUCUCAUGGCAGUGUCUGAAGUCUGCAAUCUCCUAGAAAGGUCCGGCGGCGUGGACGUCACCGACUGGAAGACGGCCUCCGAAGUGAUUAUCAACGCAUCAGCUCCCGAGAAUCAACAGGCGAAAAUCGAUACCCUCGCCUACGUGAUACCUCUGGAUGAGUUUGAGAAUCCGGUUCUGAUUGGACUCGGUCAAUUCAGCCGCAUCUACCGGCUUCGCUGGAGACCCAUAGACUCAUACUGCGCCAUGAAGAUUGUUCCCCACGAGAAGUUUAAUGCCUCGCUUUUCAGACAAAGAUAUGUCGACAAAACCGUGGCGGCCAUAGCCCAUGACCCCUGUCUGAUUAAAGUACAUUGCGUGUUCUCAGUGAAACCCGAUUCGUACGUGAUGGUAAUGGACGUCGGAAGUAGACCGCGAUAUGACCUGCAGCGGAUUUUGAGGGAGUUGGAUUAUCUGAAGGACGCAAGCGUAGGACUGAUCUCCCUGCAGAUAAUUCUCGCGCUGGAGUCUCUCCACCUCAAUGGCUUCGUGCAUCGAGAUCUCAAUUGUGCAAACGUCCUUGUCGAUAGUCACGGACACAUCAAACUGAUCGAUUUUGAUUCGGCAAGAAUAUGCUCUGGACAUUUCAUGACCCGGGUUAUCCCAAGCUUCUUCCAGCGAACCGCUGAGGAAUUUCAUGACUCGGAAAGCGUGGCAACCAGCGCCUACAGAGCCCCGGAACUCCUAAAGGGGUCGCCGUACGGUCGAGCUUCUGAUUGGUGGUCGUUGGGUGUUCUCAUCUACAAGAUCAGUACUGGGAAGUAUCCGUAUCGUUUGGCCACCGAGAGCCCCACCGGGAGACGAUCACACGUCUUCGACGUCAUCUGGCCAGAGAAGAAAUUCGCGGCCUCUGAACUGACCAAGCAAUUCACAAAUGGGCUUCUGCAGAAAAAAGCGUCACGUCGGCUCGGUUCCAGGAGCUACGAAGACAUAAAAAAACAUGCAUUUUUCGAGUAUUUCCUCGCGAUGCUCCAGGCCCUCCCGGUGAAGAAGAGAAAGAAAAUACAGAUGUUCACCAAUCCACGACAUCGAAUGUUCCUGAACAGGUGUUUAAUCGAUUUCUCGAAAGCGUUCGAGAAUCUCCACGAGCAUCUCGACGACGAAAACUGCGAGACAGUCUCAAUCGAGAUGAUCCAGGAUGAGACUCCGGCGAGACAUCUACCGCUGAUGACUUACGCGUCGAUAAAGUUCCGAAAACUAAUCGACAGGUUAUCCUCUGGGGAGAAAGAACUCAUACGGCUGCGAGAGACUCUCCUGGCAGCGAAUACACCACCAGAGCUCGAUAUGGACUAUUCUACGGCCACGGAUUCCGAAGGUCGUGAAGAAUGCGACCGAGUGACGGCACCGCAGAGCGACGUCACCCGGUCACCGGCUCGUUUUCCAGUAAUGAAGCCAUUCCUGGCGGGCGGUGAGCCCCUCGUGCGAUUGAUGGUGACGCCAGCAGAGGCCGGCUUCACGGUUCCGGUGGUGCAAAACGUCUCUGUUUUGGAGGACAUCGGUUCUACGAUCAUCGAAGGUGACAUCGUAAUAAGCAUCCGGGGCGAAUUAUGUCUGGACAAGUCCGUCGAGGAAGUGUACGCGCUCACCCAAGUCUCUGACGAAAUCACGAAGACUGUGGACUGCGAAGUCGCGUCCAAGACCGUGUUCAGGCUCAUAGAGGACGACCAAGACAAUGCGCUCCGGUACAUGGAAUCGGCAACUCGUUCUACAAUGCGUAUGCUGAACCCGAGCGUCCCUUCUGUCCCAUCGGGAUUCCUCGAUGACCACGAGAGGUCCCAAGUUCCGAUGGUAGCUGCCCUCAAAACACGGUCCUUCAAUCUGAGAGGUUCUGGCGGAUUUGCGAAUUAUCAUGCGAUUAUCUUCGUGCACUCGGAUCUACAAGUGAGCCCACCCGAGGCCGCGCUCUUCCACGGAGACGUUCUGAUCGGCAUCAAUGAAACCAAGGGUUCGUUCUACGAUGAGGCUGCACUCGAAAACAUCUUCCGGCGGGCGACACAGCCUGUCCAGAUAGAGAUUCUCGAAACAUCCGCGCUGCGGAACAGCAACGGGACGUGA